GUACAUUCAAAGAUUGUAUUACACAAAAUUAUUCACAUUUACAUGAGAGAACAAUUGGUUGAUUGAGACAUGCAUAAGUGAGAUUUUAUUAGAUAAUACCAGCCUCGGAUUUUGAUAAUUUUGAAUUGGAAAAAAAACUGUUUUAAUCUUAAUUUUUUUUUCUCAGAAAGUUCAGAAAUAUAAUUCAGAUUUGAUUUGCAUAGUCAUAGAUAGUGAAGUAAUGAAACAGAGAUCAUUAGAGUUAUAGAACAUUAAGUUAAAAAAAACACUAACCUUUGAGAUAUGAAAUCCAUUCUAAAUAUUGCAGAAAAGCUUAACAUUGUGGAAUUCUGGACAGGUAACUCAAGGGCCUAGGCCUACUGAGGAACUGUGUGAAAGUGCGGUGUGCCGCUUUGGCAACUUUUGGCUUCAUCAGCUCAUCCUUGAGAAGGAGAGCAGAAGUUGGUCACACACAAGUGGGUGCCUAAGAUCUCAUUAAAAAUAAAAUUUGAGUCAAUAAUUUCUUGAAGGGAAGAAACAUCGCUUUUCAUGUCAUAACAAGCUGUUAAUCAUUAAAAUGUCAGGGCCUAACAUUAGAUCAGGAAAAUUAUGACAACACCAUAGUUGCCAAUCUUUAGUUAGGCCUGACAUCAGUGGGGUGUAGACUUGUUUAUUUUCAGUAGGCCUAGAGGCGUCGGUCCCAAAAAUCAUCCCAGUAAACAAGGAUAUCCAUAACUACAUGUAAAGGGGUGUUGCAAGAAAAUAUUUGCAAUCAGUUGCAAAUUUAGAAGUUGAUAGAACAAUUUUAACUAGGUCUAGAGCAUAUCAAGUUAAAGCUAUUGAUACACAAGAAGCAGACCAGCAAUUAAUGGCAAAUUUUCAAUUUGGAGCAGGUCUCUAAUAUUAUAUGAUGGAUUUUGAUACCCAAAAUUGACUUGCAAUUGAUGGCAAGUUUCUUGCAACACUCCACAAGACAAAUAAUGUCUUGAUAUUAGAGACUGACUUUAUUUUGUUUCUUACAAAACCGUCAGGGGUGUGAGAGUUCAGAUUUUUUUUGUUUUGAUUUUCAGCUUGUUUUUGGCCUUCCUCUGUACAAAAAUAUAGGAGCUCUUUCUAUUUCAGACUUUUUCAACACUCUUCAGCUUUUUUCAGAUCUUUUUAAUUGUGACCACUCACACCUCUGAUAAACCAUUGCCUUAAAUUGUUCUUCUAAAAAAUAAUUUUUAAGAUAGCUACCCUGUUUAUGGUGAGUCAGAUGAGAGCAACAUAACAUUUUUUGUUUGGCCUAAUAGAUCUGGGCAUGCAUCUUGGCAAUAAAUUACACUUGCUGUUGCUAAAGAUUUUUAAUUCAAUCACAUUGUGAUUUUGACAAUUCUUGUUUCAACCCAUUAUCCACAGGACAAAGGCGAAAAAGACAAGGAGAAGAAGAAUGUGAUGCGUGAGCUGCGAAUCCGCAAGCUCUGCCUCAACAUCUGCGUUGGAGAGAGUGGUGAUAGACUCACCCGUGCUGCAAAGGUAUUGGAAGCCCUGACUGGACAGUCGCCAGUCUUCUCCAAAGCUCGCUACACUGUGCGAUCAUUUGGUAUUCGUAGGAAUGAAAAGAUCGCUGUCCAUUGCACCGUUCGUGGUCCAAAGGCUGAAGAAAUCCUGGAGAAGGGAUUGAAGGUCAGGGAGUAUGAAUUGCGCAAGGGCAACUUCUCAGACACCGGCAACUUUGGCUUUGGUAUCCAGGAACAUAUUGAUCUUGGAAUCAAGUAUGACCCCAGUAUUGGAAUCUAUGGCAUGGACUUCUACGUUGUCCUAGGGCGACCUGGGUUCAGCGUAGGCCACAAGAGGCGCAGGAAAGGACGCGUUGGCUGCACUCACCGUGUCAACAAGGAGGAAGCCAUGAAAUGGUUCCAGCAGAAAUACGAUGGAAUCCUCCUCCCUGGUAAAUAAGCACCCACUUCCAGCCUAUCGUCAACACACACAUGCGACACUCUUCUCAAACUCAACAAUGAUUUUAACACCUGACUAGGAGCCAUCAGACCAGGAGCUCUCAAUUCAUCAGUAUCUUGUCUCUCAACACAAUGCCGCCAUGCCAUAUAUGUACUCUAUGUUCAAUAAAGACUAGUGAACAACCAA